AUGGGUUUGUUUAAUGCGAUCAAGCGUCUGCCGUUGAUAUGCGUGCAGCAGGCUUUUGGCCUGUGCUGCUGCAUCCUCAAACUGGCUCGAUGGACCACAGUAAGCCUAUGUAAACGAACGCGUCGCUUCUUCGAGCAUGUGUUAACGGGCAUAGUGAAUGAACCCGAAAGGGUUCUAAUAAUAGGUAUACGCAAUGCCGGGAAAAGCGCAUUGCUGUACCGUAUCAAGCUGGGAGAGUUCAUCCAAACCGUAGGAUACAAUUACACACUUAUAUGUAGUGUACAGGUUCCAACGAACAGUUUCAUUGAGGAAGAGUGUUACUUAUGCUCGGUAUGCCUCAUACCGGUCGAUACAUGUGUGCACUGCAAAAUGAAUAAUGCAAAAGGCAUUCAUUUGCAACUGUGCGAAUUUGGCAUUGCCGACGAAGGGGACACUGUGGAAAAUCACUUGAGGGUAAAGUCUCCACCGUUGACAAAUAAUCAAUUGCAGUAUGCGUCCAAGGUUGUAUUCCUUCUAGACGGAUCUGAAUACCCUUAUCGGGAUGCCACGUUGCGUGAUAUCGUGAAAAUAGUAACGCAACACAACUUUUUCCACCAAUCUCCGAAGUACGUAAUAUUCAACAACAAAACGGACAUAGUUGGAAGCUCUACAAAUUGCUGUUUAGAUUUUAUACAGCUGCAAGAACAUAUUAAAAUCAGAACCCUUUGGGUGAAUGGCAGCGCUCUGACUGGACAAGGGAUUGUUGACGCUCUGUCAUUCCUGCUGUUUGAUGAUCCAUUGAAAGGUAUCUUGCGGGAGAACAAACAAAAAGAGGACCUGAUCCAGUUCGGGUAA